AUGCGCACAUUUGCUAUUCUCAGCUUACUAGCUGGCCUGGUUGCCGCUGCAUCCGACCCACUUGAUGAACAGUUCUUCCCAGUUACGGGAUACAGGUGCUGCGCCGACGCCACGGAAGACAUAGGCGGCCAUUGCAAGGCGGCUGGCUUUUCCGCAUAUUGUUGCACUCGUUUCGACUCUCGCAAGGGAAGUGGAUGUGAUGAUACCCUCGGUUUCAAAAUAGGACGCGUAGUUCAACAGGUUCGACUUGAUUCAAUGUCAGCUUGUGCUUCUGAAAAUCGCAAGGGAUUUAUUGGAUGCGUCUAA